AUGAUUUCUGAAUUAAGGAAACAUUUUGAAGAAUUAGGAGAUUAUUCAGAGGAACAAGAUUUAGGAUUAAGAUAUCAUGGGAAAAAAAAAGCUGAGAGUUUGAUUAUCUAAUAUAAUAAUAUGGGAGAUAAAGAUAAAAUUGGAUAAAUUUAAAAUAAACUUGCAGAAACAAAAAUCGAAUUAUAACAAGGAAUUAAUAGAGCUAUUGAAAAUGGAAAUAAUUUGGAAUAAACCAAAGCAAAAACUGAGGAAUUAUCAAUGAAAUCGAAUUAAUUAAAGAAUCAGUCUAAAGAAUUAGAAAGUAUUAUGAAAUGGAGAAAUUAUAAACUUAAAAUUAUAUUUGGGUGUAUUAUUUUAGGAGUUGGUUUGUAUAUUUUAGUCCCUAUUAUUGAAAAUGCAUGA